GUGCCUUUAAAUUGCUGCUUUCGGAGGGUGCAUCUGGGGGGAGGUGGGAGGGAGUGAAACAUCUCCCUACCAGACUCCCUCCUCCCGCCCCUCCUGGACUCUCCAGGGUUUGGAGAGUGAUUGCUGCCCAAAGAGAAUCUCCUCCAGCUCCCACAGGCUGGCUGAGGCCCUCCGGAUCCCCAGGCGAGCUCCGGAUCCCCAGGCGAGCAGGGAGCAAGAGUCUGUUGGGCUCUCUGUGUCAGGAUCAUUCUAGGGAAAGAGUUCUGGCCCCUGACUGGAUCACAGGGCAGAGAAGAGACCCGAAGAGCACAGCUCCCACCCCCAGCCAGUGGGCUCCUGGCAGCCCAAGUUGGAGGUAGGCUGGGGUCUUGGGGUGUCCUGCCCGGAUAUCCCGGCUCACCUUGGCAGCCAGGCUGAGAACAGGCACCAGGGUACCCGCGGAAUGACAGCUCUCCUUCCUGCAACCCUCUCCUUCCUCCUCCUCUGGACCUUGCCAAGUCAAGUCCUCCUCAGGGUGGCCUUGGCCAAAGAGGAAGUCAAAUCUGGGACCAAGGGUUCCCAGCCCAUGUCCCCCUCUGAUUUCUUGGACAAGCUUAUGGGGCGAACAUCUGGAUAUGAUGCCAGGAUUCGGCCCAAUUUUAAAGGUCCGCCUGUGAACGUGACCUGCAACAUCUUCAUCAACAGCUUUGGCUCUGUCACUGAGACGACCAUGGACUACCGGGUGAAUGUCUUCUUGCGACAGCAGUGGAAUGACCCUCGCCUGGCCUACCGAGAGUACCCCGAUGAUUCAUUGGACCUGGACCCCUCCAUGUUGGACUCUAUCUGGAAGCCAGAUCUGUUCUUUGCCAAUGAGAAAGGGGCCAACUUCCAUGAGGUGACCACGGACAACAAGUUACUGCGCAUCUUCAAGAAUGGGAAUGUGCUCUAUAGUAUCAGGCUGACCCUCAUUUUGUCCUGCCCAAUGGACCUCAAGAACUUUCCCAUGGACAUCCAGACAUGCACGAUGCAGCUGGAGAGCUUUGGCUACACCAUGAAUGACCUCGUGUUUGAGUGGCUAGAAGAUGCUCCUGCUGUUCAGGUGGCUGAGGGACUGACUCUGCCUCAGUUUAUCUUGCGGGAUGAGAAGGAUCUAGGCUAUUGUACCAAGCACUACAACACAGGGAAAUUCACCUGCAUUGAGGUAAAGUUUCACCUAGAACGACAGAUGGGCUACUAUCUGAUCCAGAUGUACAUCCCCAGUCUCCUCAUCGUCAUCCUGUCCUGGGUCUCCUUCUGGAUCAACAUGGAUGCUGCGCCUGCCCGCGUGGGCCUAGGCAUCACCACGGUGCUCACCAUGACAACGCAGAGCUCUGGCUCCCGAGCCUCCUUACCUAAGGUGUCCUACGUGAAGGCAAUCGACAUCUGGAUGGCUGUGUGCCUGCUCUUUGUGUUCGCUGCCCUACUGGAGUACGCUGCUGUCAAUUUUGUCUCCCGUCAGCAUAAGGAAUUCAUGAGACUCCGAAGAAGGCAGAAGCGCCAACGCAUGGAGGAAGAUGUCCUUCGAGAAAGUCGCUUCUAUUUCCAUGGCUAUGGCCUGGGCCACUGUCUUCAGGCAAGGGAUGGGGGUGCAAUGGAAGGUUCUGGCAUUUAUAGCCCCCAACCACCAGCUCCUCUUCUAAGGGAGGCAGAAACCACGAGGAAACUAUAUGUGGACCGAGCCAAGAGGAUUGACACCAUUUCCCGGGCUGUCUUCCCUUUUACUUUCCUCAUCUUUAACAUUUUCUAUUGGGUUGUCUAUAAAGUACUGCGAUCAGAAGAUAUCCAUCAGGCACUGUGA